AUGUCUCUGUCAUUGGUUGAUGUAUUUACUUAUGCCAAAUGUGAUGUUAGCUCUUGAAGUGCCAUUGAAGGUGAGCAAAUAUGAAUGGGUCGUCAAAUUAUUGUAUGUGGCAAAAUUGAAAUGAAGAACACUAUACAAAUUAAAGCCUUAAUUUUACAAACAUCACAUUUAAAUGAUUUGCCACAUGAAGUGUAUGGUGAAUUGGUAAAUCAUUCUUUAAGUAUUAUGCCAUUUACUURUAGUUGCAUAGCUKGCGCUUCAGAAURCUGUAAGCAUAUAGUGGCUGUACUUCUGUUUUUGAACAGAAAUAAAAUUGCUGAUWUGRAAAGUUUGUCAUCAACUGACAUAAAAUGUCAAUGGUCAAAACUAAGGCAGCCAACAUUAACCAAGUAMAAACCAUUACCCGUGGAUACAUUUGAUUGUUGCUACAAAAAAACUAAAAAAAUAAAUAUUGAUAUUGAUGCAGAAACAGUUAGAAAUGAAUUUGAAGUUUUGGGCAAUGAUUUAGAUUUAGCUGAUCUAAAUAUAGAAUAUACAUGUUUGAUGGGACAUAAUAGAUUAGCAGGGAUACGACAAAUGCCAUUACCUAGAUUAGUGCAGUAUAUAGUCUGGGUCAAACAAGUUUAA